AUGGACGUCGACGCGGCCGCACAGACGCACGCGCACGCACACCGCCACCGCAGCAAGCGUUCUUCCUUGGCGUCCGGCGACGUGUCUCCGACGGGCAUGCAGUACCGCGGGGUGCGGCGCCGUCCGUGGGGCCGGUUCGCGGCGGAGAUCCGGGACCCCGCGUCCAAAGCGCGCCGCUGGCUCGGCACGUACGACACCGCCGAGCAGGCGGCCUGCGCCUACGACGUCGCCGCGCGCUUCAUGCGUGGAGCCAAGGCGCGUACCAACUUCCCCGCACCCGUCGAUUCCUGGCCGGCGGGGUACUGGCCAUGGGGCCAGUCGACGGCGCAGGCGCAUCCGCCGGCGCAGCUCAACACCUUCAUCCUGCACAACCUCAUGAGCUCCUCCCCGCACGGCUGCGUCCUCCUCCAUCACGCCGGCCACGGCCACUCCCACGUCAACCCCCCUCCGCCGCCCAUACCGACGCCACCAUCGCCUCGUCCCGCUGCUUCGUGCGCCGCUACGGUCACCAUUUCAGACACCGCCACGGCCUCGGCGUCGUCUGUUCCCGGAGUGGAAGACGACGACGACGACUGGGACUGGGCCGGCGUCCUGCAAGGGCGAGAUCCGCCGGAGACGGGGCUGCUGCAGGACGUGGUGCACGGCUCCCACGCGAGCAGGCGGCCGCGCGACCAUGUUCGCACUGCCGAUCCUGACGCGUUGAUCUGGCUGCCGAACCAGGAGAGGCACGAGGCUUCCGGCGGCGUAUCCUCUUCUUGGGGCGCCGGCGACAACGGGUACGAGAAUGAGGGCGACUUCCCAGUGCUGCCGCAGGGGCUCCUCCAGGACGUAGUCCAGUACCCGCCGUUCAUGGAGGUCGUGGCAGCGCCGUCUGCGAUGGGCCGCAGCCGCAGGGCGUGA